GAAUUAUUGAACUUGUUAAAGAAAAAAUUAAAAAACAAAAAGGGGCACCUCAAUUUUUAAAAGAAACCCUAGUUAUCGACAUCAUUACACUGUAAAUAUCUAAUCAUUAUUCACCUCCUUCAGUUGAAUUCAUGGAAUCUAUGAUUCUAGUCAUAUAGAUAUAUAGCUUAAGCUUGGAAUUUGAUAUUACCGGAUUUGGUACGAGCAUGUACAGAGAUCGAGGCGGAGGGAGCUCGGCAAAGGGCGGGGAGAUGCUCGACAGGAAGCGAAUUAACGACCCGCUGGACAAACACCCGGAGAAAUCGUCUCCGUCCGCCUGCAGAAACAAGGCUUCCGCCGUUGCCGUGCCGUCCACAUCGGCCGCCGCCGGGAAGCAUGAUGAUCCGCGGGACAGUCGCUCUUUGUCCACACUCAGCUCUAUAAAGAACAAGCUCUCCGAGGAGGAAUCUGAAUCAGAAAGUGAUGAUUCAGAUGUCAGUGGCUCUGAUGGAGAUGAUACCUCUUGGGUUUCUUGGUUUUGUAACUUGCGUGGGAAUGAGUUCUUUUGUGAAGUUGAUGACGAUUAUAUUCAAGAUGAUUUCAAUCUAUGUGGUUUAAGCAGUCAGGUUCCGUAUUAUGAUUACGCGCUUGACCUAAUUCUCGAUGUAGAGUCAUCUCAUGGUGAUAUGUUUACCGAGGAACAGAACGAAUUGGUUGAAUCAGCUGCCGAAAUGCUCUAUGGCCUUAUUCAUGUCCGGUUCAUUUUGACUAGCAAGGGAAUGGCGGCAAUGUUAGAGAAGUACAAAAACUAUGACUUCGGAAGAUGCCCCAGAGUGUACUGCUGUGGGCAGCCUUGCCUUCCAGUUGGCCAAUCAGACAUACCGCGCUCAAGUACCGUGAAGAUUUACUGUCCCAAAUCUGAAGACAUUUACUAUCCUCGAUCCAAAUAUCGACGGAGCAUAUUUUGGGACCACAUUCCCAAACCUGUUCUUGAUGACUUACGGACACCUCAAGCCUCAUAAGCCAACAAAGAGCUAUGUUCCAAGGGUUUUUGGCUUCAAGAUACACAAGCCUUGAUGACCAACAUGUGAUGAAGCUCUUCAUUCUUCUUCCAACCAGCAGUGUUCAUCUGACCUUCUAUGAUGUGAAAAUGGGUUGUAAACAAGCCCAGGUAAAUUGCGUAUGAGAUGUACCUAAAGUGCUGAUAAAUCAAUGGAUAAGCAUUUCUAGUUUAUAUCGGUCGAGCAAAUUGAUGUUUAAAUUUAGGGAGCAUGUUAUUCUCGAGGUUGAGAAUUGUUGCCAAAUAUUUUAUUAUGUAGUCCAUGUGUGUCAUAUGGUUGCUUAUCAGCACCACGAUUUUAUAUGUAGAUUUUUUGGUGGGUUAUCUGCAUUGUACUUUUUGCUUAGGGCUUAAUUGAUGAUACCGGUGUUUUGUCUGACGGCUUUGAAAUUUUUCUGCUUAAUUGUU